AUGGCAGGCACGAGUUUCGCAACCUUCCUUAUCAUCACGCCCGUCGCUUUCUUCCUCGGCAUCCUGUUUUCGCUGUUCCCUUACGACUAUCCACUCCUAUGGAGCACAGCAGUCACGCCAGCGUCGCACUUCGAUGCCAUUGAGACACAUCUGAAGCUACUGCACAAUGCCCCGAACCUGAUCACACGAAUUCUCCACAUUAUGCUCGCCAUGGGACUAGUUGGUCUGGUCAUGAAACUAUACAAGCCUAGCGAGAGCAACAUGCUCUUCGACGGUGGCAGCCUCGUCCUCUACAUGGUCGCUGUGAUUGUCUACCUGGCCAAUAUCAUCAAAGGCCUCCGGAUCGUCAGUGAUGGCACCUACGGACUGGGUCUCAAGAGCAUGGACCAGGACCAAUUGGACAAUGUAGAUACAUCCGGCUACGACGUCGAUACCGGAGAUAGUGUGCUUGGUCGCGAGGACAAUCUUAAAGUUUUGGCCGCCAGCAACACCAUCCUGGCCCUUGUUCUUGUCGGUGUCCUAGUCCUGCAGGUCGGCCAGUGGUACGCAGAUCGGACGGACGAGCGCGCUCUCCAAGAGUUCCAAGCAAAGGAGCGUGCCGCGAAGAAGGAACCCGAGGCCACUGGUUCCGGUGUCAAGCGUCAGAGCAGUGGUUCCGAAGGCAAAAAAUCGAGGUGA